AUGUCGAAACGACAAAGUUCUCUGAUGUCGUUUUUUACGAAAACUCCAAAAUCGGAGAAGCUAGAGACGGAAAAUGAGAAGAAGAAGGAGCCUAUUGUAAAUGCUAAGGAAAAAGUGGAAGAAAAAAAAGUUCUGAAAAGAACCAACUCACAAACAGUAAGUUCUCCAGUAAAAACUCCACGAACUGCUACAAAACGUGCCCGAGUUGUGCUGUCGUCAUCGGAAGGUGAAGACGAUGACGAUGAAGACUUCGAGAUGAAAGAUGCCGAAGCAGCUCAAGAAUCUUCAGAAGAGUCGGAGGGCGACGAAAACGCAAGUGACGAUUGUGAGGUUACUUAUGAAAGUACUCCUCAAACCACUCCUAAGAACACUCCGAAAAGAAAUAAGAAAUUAACAACAACGAUUUUUGUUUUGCAGAAAGUUCUCUCUGAAACUCCGAAAAGUGUAAAAUCAUCUGCAAUCGGAAAGGUUAGAAGAGUGAUUCCUGAGGGCGAAGAAGUUUCGAUGGCAGUAGUCGAGGAGAAAAUUGAAAAAAUCAUGGAGGGAGAAUUGGAGAGAAAGAAAAAUGUUGAUAAAGGGGGCUCGAAGAAGAAACAGCAAGAAGAAGAAGAACCAACGGAAAGAUUCGAUCAUGAAUCUCUCGACUGGCUCAAACCAGACAAGAUUCGUGAUGCGAGCAAACGUGCUAUGUCCGAUCCCGAGUAUGACCCGAAAACAUUGUGGGUUCCUCCAGAUUUUCAUUUGAAACAAACACCUGGACAUCGUCAAUGGUGGACUAUCAAAUCCCAACACUUCGAUACCAUCAUUCUUUUCAAAGUUGGAAAAUUCUAUGAAACCUAUCACAUGGAUGCCGUCGAAGUCGUUCGCGCGUUGAACAUUGCUUUCAUGAGAGGAUCAUAUGCUCAUGCUGGUUUUCCAGAACACGCAGCUUCCAAGUUUGCAGACCAGCUUAUGAAUCAUGGCUACAAAGUUGCACGCGUAGAACAAACGGAAACUCCCCAGAUGCUUGAAGAACGAAACCAAAAGGCAAAAUCUAAGGACAAGGUAGUGAGGAGAGAAGUGUGCAGAGUAACUUCGAAUGGAACCAGAACGUACGGUGUGCUUGAUGGAGUUGAUUUGGGUAGUGCAACAUCCACGCUCGAUCCUACUGCUAAACAUUUACUGGCCAUCAAAGAGUUUCAUAACACUGAAACGGGAAAGUCUACUUACGGAGUCUGCAUGAUUGACACAACUACUGCUCAUAUUAGAGUUGGCCAGUUCGAAGACGAUGACUAUCGUUCUCAACUUCGUACCCUCUUUGCAAACGUCAUUGUUGUGCAGACUCUCGUUGAGAGAAGCUCCAUGUCCGUCUCCACCAAAUCAAUCAUUAAUGGAAUUCUGUUCUCGGUUCCAAUUGAACAUUUGCUCCCCAAGAAACAAUUUUUGACCGCGGAAGACUGUGUUAGAGAUCUUUCAAAGGAUGAUUAUUUUGGAUCAGAAGUUUCUGGAUGGCCAGAUGUUCUCAAAUUGAUGCUUGAUGAUUCGAGUGUUCUACCGAAGCCGUCUUCUAAGUGGCAACUCGCUUUUUCCGCUUUCGGUGCAAUUGUGUGGUAUCUUCGAGACAGUUUGAUCGAUGUUGACAUGAUCUCCAUGCGAAACAUUACGCUAUAUGAUUCCAAUAAUUCUAAGCCUGAAAAAAUAAAUCAGGAAGAUGAUAAAGUGGACUGGAAAGGAAAACAUCUCAUUCUCGAUGGCACAGUUCUCGAAAACUUGAACAUCGUACCUAAUGGCAGAGACUCUCAUUUGACAUCCCUGUAUUAUGUUCUCAACAAAUGUUCUACCCCAUUCGGUCGCCGCCUUCUUCGCUCAUGGCUUCUACAACCAACAUGUGAUCCAGCCACACUCCGUCUGCGUCAGGAAGCUAUCAAGUGGAUGAUUUCUUCAGAUGCAGAAUCAUUCUUUUCAACAGCUAUCGCUACUCUUAAGAAAAUUCCAGAUUUGGACCGACUACUUCAAAAAAUCCACACAAUCGGACUCAAGUACCGUUCUGAGAAGCACCCGGACAGUCGUGCGAUUUUCUUCGAUACUAUCAAAACUAAUCAGAAAAAGAUUGGAGAGUUAUUGGCAGCGAUUGAUGGAUUCAAACUUUGUAACAAACUUCGAAAGGAAUACCAGACGGUGCAACAAGAAGGUGAAGGAUGUGAACUUCUGGAUGAGCUCCUCGGAAAUGAGCAGCAAGUGGAGGAAGUUGAUGAGAACAUUUUUUAUUUCGAGAAAAUGUUUGAUCGCACAACUGCUCUCAAGGACGGAAAAAUUGUUCCAAAUGCGGGAUGCGAUGAUGAAUACGAUCAAGCCACAGCGAAAGUCAAAGAAGCAUUGAGCGAAUUGAACGCUUAUAAGGAUAAAAUUGCAAAGAAGUAUAGUUGUUCGAUUAAAUUUGUGGACUCAGGAAAAGUGAAAUAUUUGCUGGAGAUGCCCGAAAACACGAAAGUGUCAUCCGAUUUCGAGCUGAAAUCGAGAAGGAAGGGUUUCAUUCGUUAUUCAACACCCGACUCGGAGGAACUUGUCGCUUUUCUUGAUAUCGCUGAGAAAGAAAAAUCCAAAUUGGGAGACGAUGCUACUCGACGCGUCUUCGAGCAGUUUGGCCAUAAAAAUCCGAUUUGGCUUGAAACGGUGCAAUUGGUUUCGAAGUUCGAUGUUCUCACUUCUUUGGCUACAUUUUCAAAAUCUUCUCCCUUCGAUAUGACCAUGCCAGAGUUCGAUUUCGAAUCAGCAAAGCCUUACUUGAUCGUUGAAAAAGGACUUCAUCCAUGUCUUGCAUUGCAAUCAAGAAAUGAAGUUACGCAAACAACUUCAUUUAUUGCUAACAGCACUACAAUGGGCCAGACUGAAGCCGCUGUUAUGCUUCUCACCGGUCCAAACAUGGGUGGAAAGUCGACACUUAUGAGACAGACUGCUGUUCUUGCCAUUCUUGCCCACAUGGGAUGCAUGGUGCCUGCAUUUUCAAUGCGUUUAACUCCAAUUGAUCGUAUUUUCACUCGCAUCGGAGCCAAUGAUCGUAUUAUGUGUGGAGAGUCGACAUUCUUUAUUGAGUUGAAAGAGACUGAUAUUAUGCUGAAAAAUGCAACCAAGCACUCUCUUUUGCUAGUGGAUGAACUUGGACGUGGAACCAGCACUUUUGAUGGAACUGCAAUCGCAUCUGCUGUUCUUCAGAAGAUUGCGAAUGACCUUGUCUGUCGAACAUUUUUCUCCACUCAUUAUCAUUCGAUUUGUGACUCGUUCACUAAUCAUCCUAACAUUCGAUUGGCUCAUAUGGUAAGUCUCGUAUUCAGUACCCAAACAUCUGAAUAUUCUUUCAGAAACCCUACUAUGGAAGACGUAACUUUCCUCUACGAAUUGGAAUCUGGAAUCUGUCCAAAGUCGUAUGGUUUCUACGCUGCCAAGCUCGCAGGAAUCGAUCAAAAAGUUGUUCGAGUUGCUUAUGCUGAAAGCAACAAAUUCGCAUCUAAUCUUAUUAUUGACCCCAAGAUUCGCCAUUUGGUUGAAUGUGCUCGUGACGACAGUUUCGAUGUUACCAAGUUGAAGCAGAUGAUCGAGGCUAUCUAA